UGUCAUGAUCUCGAUCACCCCGGGUUCAACAACACGUAUCAAGUAAAUGCCAGAACAGACCUGGCAGUCCGCUACAACGACAUCUCCCCCCUGGAGAACCAUCACUGUGCUGUGGCCUUCCAGAUCUUCUCUCAGCCCGACUGCAACAUCUUCUCCACGUUUGACCCCGAGUCCUUCAAGCAGAUACGACAAGGCACCAUCACGCUGAUCCUGGCCACAGACAUGGCCCGACACGGUGAGAUCCUGGAUUCCUUCAAGCAGAAAGUCGACAAUUUCGACUACACAGACGAGGAGCACUCCACCUGUCUGAAGAUGGUGCUCAUAAAGUGCUGCGACAUCUCUAACGAGGUGCGACCCAUGGAGGUGGCUGAGCCCUGGGUGGACUGCCUGCUGGAGGAGUACUUCAUGCAGAGUGACAGGGAGAAGGCUGAAGGGCUUCCUGUGGCUCCGUUCAUGGACAGAGAGAAGGUCACCAAGCCCACGGCUCAGAUUGGUUUCAUCAAGUUCGUGCUCAUCCCCAUGUUUGAGACAGUGAUGAAGGUGAGUGUGCAGGACAAUGGGGAUGAAGGGCAAAGUAACGGGGGUGCCACUGGUACCCCUUUUCCCACCGGUUUCCACUGCAGCAGCCCCAAGAAGGUUGGACGCUCCCAUCGGAGGCGGAGUCACAGAGCAGCAAGAGUUCAGGGCGAGAGCAGAGAGGUGUUCGGUAACUGCAAAAUUGCAGUGGCUAGAACACGAUCACACACACAUAUUUAAAUGUAGCACCACAUUAACCAGACAGACGUGUGUUAUUAUUAUCUUAUUGAAUGACAACCCGUUUGCUAUCAUUGUGGUAGCAACAAGUGCCUACUUAUUCAAAGCAUUUAUGGUGAAUAAUUAAUAUCACAUACAUCUGCUCGGUUCAUGUUCUGUGACGACUUAUAAGUGUGGCGCUUUCUUCUACUAAACAAGCACAAAAUAUUACAAGUUCUGUUUAUUUAUGGUUAAUAAUAAGUCAGACUGGGGUCAGUGGCUCUGCUAACCUUAUGCAUGUCAUUCCAGAGAAACUCCACAUCAUACAACCUGUUCUUUACCGCACGCAUGUUACCAACCAUUGUCAAUUACAUUUAUUGGAAAAUGUGCAUCAGGGGACAUUAAUGCACUUCUUCUACAAGUUUAGUUCUAAUUCAAGUCAGUUGCUGAAUGGUCCUGAAAUGGGGGUUAAGGCUUGGUUUGCUUUAAGAGGCCGAGGUCAGGUUUUGUUGCGAGGGGAUAACACCGAUGCAUUGGCCCACUUCCUGUUGGCUAGAUGUGGCCGUAUGCCGACCAAAGCUUCUGGUCAGUCACUUUCUGAGAGGACCCGGUGUGCUUCAGAGUCUCAUGCUUUGUUCACAACGGACUAAAAGCCAAGCAUGCGUCUAAAAUCAGUGCUUGAAAGUAACUAAGUACAUUUACUCUCGAGUAAUCAGGACUUACUUUAAAUUGAAUAUUAUUGCAACAAGGUAUUCAUUUGACCUAAUACUUCAUUCACCAAUGUCAGAAAUCACGUCAAUUAUACACACUGCCAUUUGUUCGGAAUAUGAUAUUAAAUUAAGCAGAAAUUCAUUCAUUUUACACAUGUAUUAUGGACAUACAGUGGGGCA